CCUUUGCCUCCUAACAAGGUCAAUCGCUACACUGUAGUGCCGUGCACCCAGCUCCUCUUCGGCAUCUUGGACGAGGGCUCAGGCGCGCCCUCGCGACGGGUGGGACCCUGUCGACUCCACCUUGGCACGGGUAUUCGGGCAGGUGUUUUAAUGUCGUCUUUCACCACUCAGAGGGAGGCGGGCACGUCACUGCGGCGGGCCAGAAAAUGUACCACGUGCGAGGGAGCUGUUCGUUUGAGCUGCAGCCAAGGACCCAAGGCGAUGGCGAUGGUACAUCAGACUUGCCAGAUGACGGCCUUUUGUCGGACGAAGAACGCACCAAGGGGAAGAAAACACGAGGGGCUGAGAAGAGAACGCAGUACAGCAACAGGAAGAAGGCCGCGGUGGUCGCGGAGCUGCGAGAGCUGGAGGCCGAUCACGCCGAAAAGAUCUGGCAUGUUCACGGCGUGUCGUGCCAGCAGUUCCUGGCAAGGAAGACCGGCAUUCCCCAACCCAACAUCUGCAGGUGGAACGGUGACGCAGAGAAGCUGAUCGCAGCCGCGGCCAAUGACUUGAUAAGAGACCUUUUCAAGACUGGCAGGGAGAGGAGGCGGUCUGGAGACGCAGAGAAGAAGCUGCACUCGCUGCUGCUGCAACGGCGCAAGAGGAAGCUCAGAGUGUCGACAGCCUGGAUUCGAGUCAACGCGAGAAAGCUCGUGGUGGAAAUGUAUCCGGACGACCCGUGUGCAAAGAACUUUUCAGCGUCGGAUCGGUGGUGCAGGAAGUUCGCGAAGCGCCACCAUCUCUCGAAACGAAGGCGCACAAGCAUGAAGAAAAAGUCGGUGGAGGACCGUCUUCCGCAGAUGAAGAGCUUCCACAGGAGGCUGCGCCAGCUGCUGCAGGAACCACCCGUUCGCCGGGCCGCUGCUUCGGGCGCCGCCGAGAACAACGGCGCUGCGAUCGUUCCUGUGGAAUCGUCCCUCUACGGGCGCUUCAGCCUGAAUGCGCGUUUCAACGUCGACCAGGUUGGGCUCGCAUUCGUCAACGGCCUCGACUCGACAUGGGACGAGACGGGAGCUUUGCGAGUGCAAAUUGGGCAGCCAUUCCCUGGUCUUGAGAAGCGACAGUGCACCGUCAACUGUUGCAUCGGAGCUGGCGACAAGUUGAUGCCGACCGCGGUCAUUUUCCGCUGGAAAGGAAAAGUCUCGGUGGUGGAGAAGGCGGCGUACUACCCCGGUGUGGACGUGCUCUUCCAGGAGAACUCGUGGACGGACGGCCCAACGUGCAUGGCGUGGGCAAAAAGCAGCUUCCUACGCAGCAUCAAGGAGGGGGAAGGUGUCGUUCCAGAGGAGCAGUCCAUCCUUUUCGCGGACAACCUGCACGCGCAGACAACGGACGAGUUCAAAAAAUUCCUUCACGGCGAGUGCAACACGCUGCUGCGGCUGCUUCCCCCCAAGUUGACCGACGAACUCCAACCAGUCGAUGCCGGCUAUGGACGCCUCCUCAAAGUCGAAGUCGGUAACGAGCUAGAUGAAUUUCUUGGGCACAAGGAAAACUUUUGCCUGUGGGAGACCAACAAGCUUUCAGCUGGUGCAACGCGAAUGGACGCUCGGCCUGGGUACCGUCAUCGCCUGCUCGAGAAGGCCGGACUGGCGAUGACGGCAGACGGGUCGUUGGACGACCGCAUCACUCCGGAGGGUGUUGUUGGGGCGUACAGCUUCAUGGACGAGUGCACGAGCAGUGACGAGGAGAUGCCCGACCAGGAUGAUGAGGUCGGCGACGACGAUGGGGUGGCGGGCGGUGGCGAAUCAAGCUGCGACAGCGACGCGACGCAAGCGCAGAUAAUGAUGCUAGACAGCGACGAUGACGUCGACUCCGACGAUGACAUCAUCGCGAUGGAGCUUCCGGUCGGAUUCCGUCUUCAAGAGUCUCCUCCAGAAAAGCUGGAUCGCGCAUUGAUUAAGCGUUGCGUGAUCUUGAGGCGUGGUAUGGGGUGGUUCUUGGGGCAGAUCAGCCGGGCAGUGCCCCCGCAAACUUACGACUACCGCGUGGUUCUGGCGUACGACCAAAGCACCAUCACUGUGAAGAUACCUCCAGAUGCAUGCGAUGUAGACAAGGCGAACGCAGCCGUAGGAGCGUGGGCGUUGAUCGAGCCGAUCGACGAUUUGAAUGAGCCGGCGGGGGGGGUGUGA